CCUGAUCGUUAGCCUCGAGAGAGUCUGGCGGGCACCGAAUUUGACUCACAUCUGCACCAUCCCGUAAUUGCGACCCCGCGAUCAGCCAGCAUCAAGUCAAAGGGAUUUACUCCAUCAUCAUGGCGGACAAGAACCCGAAGUAUAAGUCGGAGAUCCAGCAGAUGAUGUUCGUCUCUGGUGAAACCGGCGAGGCCUCGGUGGAGACGACAUCGUUGAUUGAGCUGAUCGUCCAGCAACAAGUUAUGGAAAUUUUGAAAGAGUGCACCGCCCUGGCAACCCGUCGCGGAAGCCGAUCCAUAUCAACCGACGACCUCAUGAUGCUCAUCCGCCACGACCGAGCGAAACUCUCCCGCUUACGACAUUUCCUCCAAUGGAAAGACGUCCGCAAAAACGUUAAAGAAUCCUCGGAUGACAAGGGACCGGAUGCGGAGAUCGCCGCCGCCGAAGAAGGGCCAGCGCCCGGCAUGAACGGGCCUCCGGACCUGAAGAAAACGAACAAGAAGGCGCGCGUGGAUCUGGCUUGGGAUGUCCCCAGCUACUUCAGCGAGUUUGUGCCGGCUCGAGAUGAUGAGGACGAUGAGGAGGAGGAAGAGCAGAACUCGGCGACGUUGCAGCGGCUGAAGAACGCCGACGAGCGGACGAAGCAUAUGUCGCGAGAGGACUACAUGCAUUGGUCGGAAUGUCGACAAGCGUCGUUUACGUGGCGGAAGGGCAAGCGGUUUCGAGAAUGGGCUGGGUUCGGCGGUAUUACGGACACCAAGCCGAACGACGACAUCAUCGACAUCCUUGGGUUCCUGACCUUCGAGAUCGUGCAGACGCUUACAGAAGAGGCGCUGGUGGUCAAGAAAAUCGAGGACGCAUACAAAAAGAAGACGGGGAGCGAGACGCAGGGCCAGAAGCGGAAGCGAGAGCCGGGAUUGUUCGAUCUCGCGGAGGAAGAGAAGGAGCCGGUACAACCGAGCCAUAUUCGGGAGGCGUUCCGGAGGUUGCAGAAGUCGAACAACAAGUCGAAGGCCAUGCUGAACUUCACAAAUCAUGUCCACCGCGCGGCAUUGCGGCUGAUCUGAAGUGCAUUUGUCUACGAUGAUCCUCUACUCAGCGUCCCGUGGGAUUGUUUGCAUCUGGUUCCGGUUUGGAUAUGGCGUUACGGCAUGAUACCCCAGGUUUACGGUCAAUGAUUUGUUGUUGACAUCCUUGUAAAUUUCACUAUUAGUUUCGUAGCUAUAGAAAGUUACCGUAUCAGCAGCCCACCGAAUUUCUCGCAGCCAAAAAUAUCCCA